CACACAAUGGAAGGCAUUUCAAGAGGGCUUCCUGUUAAAGUUGUAGACGAGUAUAAGAUAUGGGACCGUUUAAGAGUUGAGUCAAGCUUGCCACUAUAUCAGCUUUCGUGGAAAGAUUAUUCCAACGAUGGUUCGUAUCUAUCCAGAGUUUCUCAAAGCGUGUGGCUCGACUUUCUCGUUCAUAGUGGCACAGUUGAUUCAAGUAACGGAAUUGUUAGCUACUUUCACUCUGGACCGGUUGAUUGGUUUAAAAAUCCCUACCUUUAUAUCUAUGUAAUUAGCGUCGCGGAUCUUGACUCUUACAGAGAAAAGCAAAGAAUGCGUUUACAUGUAUUUGCAGAAGCUUGUAGAGAAAAAAGUGUAGAGUAUCUGAUAGUAUAUAGUCCACCUUCAACUGCUCCUUUGGCUGCAGCGUUGAGCACGACAAACAGCAACGUGUCCUCAUUAAGCUUGCGAAUGUUUAGCGAAGAAGAUCCUGCACAAAAGGCUAGAAGAAAGGUUUUUGAGCGGUUGAAAACUGAACUCAAUGUAAUAAAAGGUCGUGAAACAGUUGUCAAGCUUGAACAAGGUGGAACAGUUCCUGCAUUCUUUGUUCAUCGACUACGAGAAUGUAUUGUAUCAGCUAUAGAACAAAGGAUUAAAGGAUAUAGAAAAGAAGUAGACAAGUACUUGCAAAGCAAAAGUGUUCCCGGUUGGAAUUUUCAAAAGUUUGUUGCUUUGGAAGAAAGUCUUGCCUUUGUCUACUAUCAAGCUGGACAUUUAGAGUCAUCUCUUAAAUGUUAUCAAAUCGCUCAAGAAGUUUUUCAAACCAACAAGAUAGGUAUCUUUCGCCAGGCAUCGACAAAAGUUUCCUCAGCUCGUCAAGUUCUAUAUUAUGGUUGUGAAGAGAUUCGCAAUUUAUUAUGUCAAAGUCACUUGGGAGAGUUGGAAGUUUCUUCCUACAUUUUUUCAAGACAAUUUUCGUUGCUAUAUUCACUGCGUAUGUUCGAGGACAUCCCCAAGUUGGUAUUUAACUAUAUUGCCAAUAUCUACCAACGAACAAAGCAUGUAACUGAGGAAACUGAAAAUUUUUUUAUACAGGCAUGGAUCUUCUGUUGUUGUAGUGUACUGAGAGACUCAUCUUAUGUUCCUCGAAACAGCAAUGUGGAUGAAUCAGAAGAAAAUGCAGACAUGCAGCAUUCGUUUCCCGUUUACUUUUCAGAGGAUUUUAUUGCGAAGCUCAUUUUUAUGCAACUUUUAUGCUUUUCGAAUUUUUUACGUUCAAAGUUUGACAAGAUUUCAAUUGAAUUUCCCUGCGUAUAUCUUGAUGUGAAAAAAGUAUUUUUAGAUUCUCUUACACAAAUUACUGUGGACGAUAGAAUACUAAAAGAAGAUGAAACAUUAUCACAACAUUUAGAGAGCCUUGAAAAUGGUUGUGCAGAAUUCAUUGGUUUAUGUCGCACCUUGACAGAGUUGCUCGAUAAAGUUGGCAGACAAAGGCUCGUUUCUGAAAUGCGAGGAUAUUAUGGAAUCACUUUGGCAACGAUUGGAAGGCUAGAAGAAGCACGACAAGUUUUGGAGACCGAGUGUAAUUUGUUAUCCAGUGAACACUGGAACCUCAUAUUAUUUUGUCGUUUAAGCUGGCUUGCUAGGACUGAAAAGGAUCUAGGCCUUUCAUCGAAGUAUUUGAGCAGUUGCUUGAAUAUUCUUCAUAACUUGUGUGAAUUGCAGCGAAACUGCUCGGAACAUAUAGUUGAAAGGGUCAAACAGGAAGCUUCCAUUUGGAUUGAAGAAGUGCAUGAAUUGUCCAAGACAGUUCCUGAAACGAUAUCUUUUCGUCUUGACAAAAUUUUUCGCUCAUGUAGAAUUGUGACUAAGUUGCAAUUGGAUGAAAUUUUCCAAUUUGACCCUCUUUCGUUGGAUAUUUCUUUAGAGUCUGAAUUGCCUGGAGGAAUAUAUAUUGAAAAGUGUAUUGUUUUCCUGGCAGAGCAGAAUGAAUUUUCGAAGGAAAUUGACCAUAAAAGAAUUCAACUGGAAAGUAAUGAUUCUUUUUAUGUGCUACCAGGUUCCAACAUUAUUAGUGUCAUCACAGAUAGUCUUGAACUUUGUGGAGUGUUACUUGUGGAGAGUAUUCAUUUAAAGAUGCAUCGUUUGAGUCUAAUAUGGACUGCGACAGAUCCGCUGGACACUUUUUUUCCUUUAUUUACUUCUCUUUUUGUACAUGAACGACCUCCUCUUGGUCGCAUCUUUCUUCAAUCAUGCUCGGAAAUUUAUACAAAUGAUGGCAAGUUUUUUGUUGAUCAGGAUAUUGAAGUUGAGGCAUCACAUCAUUCGUCUGUAGAAGGUUCUAGCAUUCUUAUCGGGUUUUGUGGGCAUCGACAAGAUCGGAUAUCUCUAAGGCUUCCAACUAUCGAGGCUGGUGAUACAUAUCGACUAACGGCAUCUAUUCCUAUUCCGAAAGAGAACUUCGAUUUCUCAAAGGCAAUUCAAACCGCUGGAGAAACAUCGCAUUAUAAACAAACAAUGUUUUUGUUUGCCACUUUAGUUGGUAAAGAAUUUUUAAGUUCAGGAGAGGAGAAACCAUAUCAGUAUAAUACAGAAAAGGAAAUCGAAGUUGUGUUUCCGUUUUUUAUCGGUAUAGAAUGCAAAACCUUAUUGUUCGAUGAGAGUAUAGUGAAGUUCAUGCUUACUUGUUCUAGUUGUAGUUCCCUUGUAUCUCGUUUUGUUGCUCUUCAUAUCUCCUCCAUAUCAGUUCCAGAGUUACAGCUAGACAAUGAAAACGGAGAUAUUCAUUUAUAUUCUUUUUAUUUUCAAAAGCCAUUUGAAAGACGAUUCUUUUUCUUGAAGUUGGUUUCAGAAGUGAAUAGACUUGAGUCAGUGUUCAAGUCAACUGAAGAAUCAUUCCUGAGCCUAUCAUGUUGUAUUUCGAAAAACAAGGACAGCCUUGAACGUAACAAUCAUAUGGAGUUAAGAUGCCCAUUCUCAUUUACAGCGCUAGUUCCAUGGUACAUUUUAAGAGUAGAGUAUAAGUAUGAUGAUACUUAUCAACUUGUACAAGGCAGCGAAUUUCUCCUGCGAAUCAGUUUGAAGAUUAUUCGAUGGGAGGGAGAGAAUACUUUUGGUCAAGGCUUUGGUUAUUUAAUUGACAACGAAAACAUCGGAUGGAUUGUAAUGGGAAAGUCCCGAGGCUUUUUGCCACACAACGAAUCGGAUACUGAGAUUGUAGUCACACUUGUUCCUAUUUUGACCGGUAUUUUGUAUUUACCCUCCCUCCAUCUAUACUACAAUGGCGAAAUGGUUCAUUCUCGAAAUAUUUAUCAAGUUGAUUGCAGUCGCCAAAUUAUAGUGAGACCUCCUUUACACCUUAUUUCAUCCUCAGUUCCAUAAGAUUUUGAUGACGAUUAAACUUUUUGAAUGCAACUUAUAAAAGAACGAUCGAAUGAAAGGAGCCAAGCAAGAAGAGCUUUUUUUUCUGGAUAGACUAGAAGACCUAGUGUAUACUUUCAUCUAACUUUUUCGACUAUUUCGUAAGAUUAUGGAAUUUUGUAACUGGAGAGCUCCAAUCGAAACUGCUAGAUUGAACAAAAAUGCAUAAAAUUUGCUCUAAAUGAGUUCACUUGGGUUGUAGAAUGUUUCCUAUUUCUGAUAUUUAUAAACAUACAAAUCGUGGAAAUCUUUGUUGCCAUUGCCUGCAAAUACUUUUAUGAGUCUUUUAUCUCCAUGGAAGAUAAAAUAUUUUCAACUUUGCAUGAUGUACAGAAGUUUUGUAGAUGAGUCAUCUACUUUGAAAUUCAUUUUCUAAACGGACUCUUUUGAGAAAAUUCAAAUAGAAGUAGCAUUAUAGGCUACAUUUUGAACAGGAAAUGUUUCAUCUUUUCUGUAUAACUUCUGAGAGAAACGAGAGGGUUGAAGGGAAUUUCAAAAUUUUCACUAUUCUUUGAUCUUUCAGUAUCAAGCCUAGUCUUUGUGAAAGUUUCUCCAAUGAGCCUUUGACAGCAAAACGUCUACAAAAAGAGACGAAUAUUUGGAAAUCUGCGUUUCACUUUCUUGUUUUUCAAUGCCCACUUAGUAUUCUUCUUAUAAC